GUGGCUACACGUUUCUCAAAUCACCUCAUGUCCUUGCUGCUACGAAGAUUAUCGAACACACACACUUGAUCUCGACUCAAUCCAUCCUCCUUCAGAAAUUACACUCAAGGCACUAGGUAGUAUUGAAGUCACGUGCUAUCUCCAUGGACCUACUGAGCAGACCAGAGGAUGCGGCUUUGUUACCCAUCGAGGAGAAACUGCAGUCCAAACUGAUAAAGCGCAGCAUGCGCAACUUCCACACUUUGGAAGUAAAGACAGGCGGACAGGUAAGAAUGGAAAAUACAUUAAUAUAUUUUAUUACCUUAAUAAUUCUACAGCAUCUAACACUGGUAAAGGUUAGCUCACCAAGGGUGUCUAGUGGAACAGCCAGUCAACGCACUCUGAGACGCCGCAGUGGUGACCUGUCGUCCAUCAGGAAGACAGUGAGUGGCGGACAGGAAGUAGCGCAGAUGAGCAAUGAGGUCACAGUAACAACAAAGGAAGACCGGGAGAAACUUGUUGAGAAGCUCAAACAGACGUCAGACUGUUUCCAAGUUAAGUUCUCAGUGACGGAGAGCUUGGGAUUACAGUCUGUCCUAAUGAUACCAUACUACAAAUUACGGAUCAUGAAGAACAUGUUGGGACCAAACGUGAAAAUCGCUUCUGAGAAAAAGAUGAGAGCUGAGGGCGAUUCUCUUGCAGGGGUUGAAAACCUCAAGUCGGAAUAUGUCCCGUUUACUUUCCCAAUCAAAGAUGGAAGGCACACAGUCGAGAUCAAGAAUGUCCCUAUGUGCUACACGCCAAAUCUCUGGGAGAAAAUCGAAAGUAUGCUGUGUUUAAACGAUGAUGCUGAGAGAAGAGUACACCGACUGACCUGGCAUGAAGGGAAGGUACCAGAGAAUGAGAUAUGGAUAAAACUUGGAGGGGAAAAGGGAGGGGGGAGCUUCAAGAUGACAUUUCAAAUAUGCAACAUCGAUCACCCCAAUUCUCCCGUCAACACCUGUACCUUUUGCAUAUUUGAAGCUCCCGACAAUGUGACUAAUCUCAAAAUUGGACUCCAGAGAUUCCAAGAUGAAGUAGACAGCCUUCACGGCAAGACAUGGAGGGGGAAAACAAUCCGAGUGUUUCUUAGUGGAGAUUACGAAUUCUUAUGCAACAUGUUUGGGCUGUCAGGUGCUUCAGGUCGGCAUUGCUGCUUAUGGUGUUUGGUUAAAUCAGAAGAGCUAAAGAACCCACCAUCAGCCAAUGUACCAAGUAGAAGCACAGACAGCAUCGUGAGAGACCAUCGCAGCUUUAUUGCAGCAGGAGGGAAUCUGAAAAAUGUUAAACAUUUUAACAACUGUGCUAGGGAACCCUUCUUUAAGAGCAUCCCUUUGAACCAAGUUUGCCCUCCAGGCCUGCACAUCACCUUAGGAAUCUUCUACAGACUUUUCCAGCUCAUGGAAAAUGAAUGUCAUCAGCUUGACUUGUCAAUUUUAGAAGAAAAGGAUAGUCGCGAGAAAGGUGGUCCCAGCUAUUCCAACUUUAUGGACGACAUUGCAAGAGCCAAGACCCUCAAGGAUGGGCUAGACAGGGUAAACGAAGAAAUUGAUCACUUCAACGACUUGGUGGCUCUACUUGUUGUGUUCGGUCAAUCUGAAGAGGGUGAGGAUCCGGAAGAGGAUGACCCACAGCUGCAAGCCCUUCGCUCAGAACUUGAAGAGAAAGCCACCACUGCAAAGAAACUGGAUACGGAGUGGACCAAACUGGAUGAAACCAUCUCAAAGUAUGAGUUCAAGAUAGAGGAUGGUCCAGUCGUUAAAUUCUUAGAUGCUACUCUAGAGGGUUUCAACGUGAGAAGGCAGUCUUAUUACGGGGGAACAUUUGUUGGAAAUCACGUUCACCUAACUCUCAGGCCUGAGAACACGGUGCUUCUCUGUAAUGCCGUUGUAUUGGCAACAAGCAAUUACAGCCCUUCAAUCCGGCAAAGAGCUGAGAAGAUCCAACGGAAGUUUUCUGUUGUAUUUGCUCUAUUCCACAACUGUGACACGCUGUAUAACCAGAGCAAGAUCUCACAGGAGGAAAUUGCUGCCCUAAGAACUCACAUCACUAUGUUCAUGGCAUUUUACCGGGAGCAUUUUCCUCAUUCAACGGUCAUACCCAAAAUGCACAUGCUGGAGAAGCGUGUGGUUGACUGGCUGGGUGAGUGGAAGUUGGGACUAGGGCUUAUGGGAGAGCAAGGGGCAGAGAGCAUCCAUGCGUACUUCAACAACUUGAAGCGCUCGUACAGCAACAUCACGAAUGGCGUCGAGCGACUAAGAUGUAUGAUGAAACAACAUUUUGUACAUAUAGCACCGUCUAACAUCGUGUGCAGACCUCUACCUGUCAAGAGACGAAAGAAGAACCCUGAGAAUUGAUGCCUACAUUGUCUAUUGAUAUCUACAUAAUAAUCAUGUACAGACAACAUGUCAACAAAAUAAUGUAACUUUUCAAAUAGUUCUAACAAGCUUACAAAAAAUCAAUUUACCUUUCAGCUGUACCUCAAUGCUUACCUUUUCAAUGGCUGCUAGUUACUAGUUCUGCAAAACACAUCUGUCCACAGGAGCGCUUCUUUGCUGGACAUACUUUACAUGCUGACCACAAUCAUGUACUUGUACAAGCCAAUACAGCUUCUGCUGUGAUCGCUCAAUUUUUAUGAAACUACCAUAAAUGGAAAGCACAGAUCCUGUAUGGUCAAAUUGUUUACAUAUUUAGAAUCCCCCUUUCCCAAAGGAAUGCUCUAAAGUCAGCAACCACUUCCAUAGACCUGUGGUUUGCAGGAAUGUACUAUCUUGUCAUUAUCUUGUACUACAACUAGAUUAACUAAGUGCCGACUUUUCAUUGCUGUGAAACAGCGGUGUUGUAGUAAUGUUUUGGUAUCCAUGUACAUUUUGUAAAGUUACUUGACCUUUUAACUUUAAUGAUUUCAUUUUCCAACACAAUAAUAUUCAUUCCUUAUGUAAACAUUAUGGUAAACAGAUAACAAUUAGUAACCAGAUGGUCCACCUUUCACUUCAAUAACUUUUGGUAUAACUUUUUUUAAAUGUCCGACAAAUUUAGAACAUACAGCAGGGGUGAGAGUUCUCCAAAACGCCUUAAUUCCUUGCGUGAGCUGGGUCAAAUUUCUGGGCUUGUACCUGAUUCUAAGAUAAUCUUUCAGAGCAUGCCAGAUAAGCUCAAUUGGGUUUAAGUCUGGGCUUGAAGCAGGGGUUUUCCACCAAUUGACAUCGUUUUCUUCAUACCAUGCUUUAGCAUAACGACUCGUGUGCUUUGGGUUGUUAUCCUGCAUGAACCGAUGACCAUCAGGAUACACUGUGCUCAGAAAGGGUAUUAACGAUGCUUCUAGAAUUUGCACAUAUCUUGUGGCAUUCAUUAUGCCAGAAAAAAUGACAUCUUGAGUGGCGCCUCUCCUCGAAAUACCAGCCCACACAUGGAGUUUAGGUGGGUGCUUCGGUCUCAUUCUAUAUACAACUGGCUGUCCUAACUUUCGAAACGUUACUAGCCUAUUCGAAUCCAGUUGAAUCGAGCACUCGUCAGUGAAUAGCACAUCCUUAAACUCCAGAUCUUCGUCUUCAACUUGCUUCUCGCACCAUGCGAGCCUCGCCUCCUGAUUUUUGUCUGAAAUCAAUGCACAAUAUCGGGUUUUUUUGCAGACCCAGCCCAGCUCCCUCCUGGCUCUCUUGACAGUGCUGUGGCUAACUUUAACGGCCGGAAAUCGAUCUUGAAAUAGAACAUACAGUUUAGUUAUACUCAGCUCAUUGUUAACAGUCAUACAGUCAUCCAGAAACUUAUAGUGUAUGGGGGUGAGCUUCCUGAGCGGUCGAACAGUUGUGUUGUCAGCGACAGAUCCCGUUCGUUUGUAUUUUUUUAUUAACAGACACAAAGACGUGCAGCUAACCGAAAACCCUUCGAUAAACAUCAUUUCUUUCAUUGUCUUUAAACCGUAUCCAGCUUUCCACAUAGCAAUUAACCGUGAUCGCUUAUAGACAUUCUCCCCAUUAUCAAUGUUUAUUAGAGAAAGGUAGGUGUACCUCAGUGAGUGGCAUAUAGUUUAAGUGAAGUUCCUGGACCAGGAGUUAUGAGUAUUUCAGUGAGAGGUUAGUGAGUUCAAGUGGAUUUCCAGGAGUUGUGUGUAGUUCAGUGAGAGAUAGAGAGUUCCAGGAACUUACUAGCUAAUGUAAUUAACUUUUUAGCACAUGAAGCCUGCUAGCUGCAAAUUCCUGGAAGAUUGAGCCGCCUACUCAAAGUUACUAAGAAACCGCUCGUUAUGCCCGCGGGUCGGUGCGUUAGACAAGCGUUAGCUAAGCGUUUUACAUGCAGAUUUUUUUUAUUGUAACGCGGUAAGGCUUCGUUAUAACGUUUAACUUUCAGCUGACCUGUACUGUAUCUUGGAUAGGACCUUGUGGUUGAGUAAUUGGAUCGUUGUCGGAAUCCGAGAAUAAUUAGUUGUUUGUUAUAUAUUUAAUUUGGCUGAACAGUCUCUUUCUGUGCUCUCUGCAUUUGUUUAGCGUAAACAUACCAUUUGAAAUUGUGGGAGCAUGCACUAAAAGGUCGUGGAAAUAGGUUCCAUAAAGAUUAUCUCUUGUUUGUGUCUUUGGGUGUGGAAUUAGUUGGCAACAUAGUUCAUGGUGAACCCACGUAACAUUGUACAGCUGGAGAACUGUUUUAGGAUUCCGACCCGAGUCUGGCUUAUAAGUGUAUAGAAGGAACACAAUAUCGGUUGAUUGCGAUCGUGUAUAAUUAUGCACAACGCAUAAAUUGUUGAAGUUUUUGAAGAAGUUCACACACAAAGUCAUAGUAAUAACACCUCCUUGAACAAGUUUUAGGCCUCAUUGCAAUUGCAGAGAUGUGCUCCCCCUCUGACAAAAAGCUUCUGACUUCUGAGAGGUUUGCCUCUUACACUAUAGCCGUGCUUUUGUAUUGCAUCUCUCUGAUCUGUGCCAGUUUUAUCUACGAACACAAGCAUGUGUUGUUGAUACAAAGACACAUCACUUGCGUACUGAGAUCGUAACUGCGCAUCUUGUUGAAGAGCAUAUAAUUGUGUCUGUAGUUGUUGUCUAGUAAAACCAGCUUUAGCCAAAAACUUACAAAUAGCACUUCCAGUUACCUCAAUACCAGUAGAUUAAAAAGAUCAUGCACUAGCUCUCUCAGGUAGAUCCCAGGAUGUUCGAUGAUGGUGUGGAGUAUGAGCAGUAUUGUUUAGUGUUCUGUAGGCACGAUGAGCUGGGUAAACUUUCUUAGAGACACUUGCAGUUGUACGAAAGAGCUGUGCAAUUCUCCCAACAGUAGUAAUAUCAAUUCCGAGGUCGAGAAUACCCGAGGCCAUCAACUUGCCAAACAAUGCGCCAACGUAGGUCUGGUCAUCACUGUACGCACUAGACCUAGAUGAUUCAUAGCUAGUAUAGUCAUUAAAUUGCCUCAUUGCGUGUUCUGCGCAUGCACGCUCCUGUCGAUUAUUUCUUAAUUGGUAAGAUCUUGGAAAAUAACAGUACUACAUGCACACUUGCUUCACUGCUACAUCAGCAUUGCACCAAGCAUCAGCUCUCUCUUCAUCCUGUGGUACACUUCGAGGAAGUGAGGAAAGUGUAUGCGAUCGAUGUGAGGCAUCUUAUUUCCAGUCUUCCUUCAGAUAUUUCUGCGGCCUCGACUCUCACAUGGGAUUUUCGAGUGGUUUUGUGAAUGCCUUUUGUAAAUGCUAUCUGAGAAUAGUUCCAUUACUGUUUUGAACCUCUUCUUUGAAAUUACGAGAGAUAUUCAAGAAAGCCUUCAGUGUGAGCAUCAUUAGCACUUCGUUUAGUGGGAGCGUUUUUGCCUAUGAAUGCUUUCCUUCAAGCAUCAUCGUUGGCUUACUUGAGCUCGAUACUUGCCUGCUUAAUGACGGAAUAAAUAUCUAGGAUGUAUCAAACAAGAAUCUGCAUGUUUCUGGUCAGCUCUCUAAGAUACAUCUAACUUUCUCUACUUUUUGCUGAGUAAAUGCUACAAUGCACACCCUCCCACAACAUUGAAACUGAUGAGAGCUUAUAGGAGAUUCACUCUCAAAUCCAUGUUAACAGUAAUCAGUUUCACAUGCACUUAGCUAGCAAUAAGUGUUGUAAUGCAUGCAGUGUUGUAAUGCAUGCACGAGGAUGAUGCAAUAAUUAUAACUUGAUAAAAGAAAUAAUAAUUAUGGCAAUAGUGCAUGCAUGUGCAGUGGCCUGCAUACAAAUGAUUUCCUUGAGAGUUAUACUUGCUUGUGCUCGGCUGCAUGCAAACCCUUUCAGCAGACCUCGUCAGCCAAAAUCUGCAUGAUGUUCAAAUGACUGUUUUGCUGUUUUUGCAGUAAAUAAAUCUGGUUGCCUAGUAAUUAUGGCUUAUAAAUAAUGUUGCCCUGUUGUGCUUAGAAGUUAUAAUUAGUGCCACGUUGUCUGCAUGUAUAUUGUGGGUGUUACUUACGCCAGCAGGACGAGAUGGAAUAAUUCCGGCUGCCCCGGCAUGUUCAAUGCUGGAUGUGCUUCUUGUCAAACACUUAGCCGUCAUUGAGGCCAUGGUGAAUACUUGAUUAUAUCUAGAGUUUGCAUGUUUCCAGCUAGCUAUGAACUGAGAGUGUGCAGUUAAUAAUUAUCUCAGAUCGAAUAUUCACAACUGUUAACAUUUUGUUUGCGAAGAGUGUUAAUGAAGACUCUGUCUGGGGUCUGCUUCCAUAGACAGAAAGUGGGAAGCUCUUAGUACGCGCCCUAUUUAAUCGAUUUUGCAAUUUAGAGCAUGUAUAUUGAGCUCACCAGCGUAGUACUUUAUGAUAUCAUCAAUGUCCCCACCAGAUUUUUUCUUUGCUAACGGUCCAAGACCUGUGCUUGGUGAAGUGUAUGCCUAGCAUGUUACCGCAUUGCUAGUGAUCACUGCAUGGUGGCUCAUUCUGAUACAUGCCUCGAUCUUUGACCCUUCCUGGUAAAAGUAUUCAAAUUUUCCAACGCCCAAAGGUGGUAUACAAAAUAAACAAUGUUUUUGUUGUAAAUCGAUGGUGCUAUAAUUUUUAUUAUCCCUCGAGGCGUAGCCGCACGAGGGAUACGGUAAAGCUGUCUGUGUGUGUGUGUGCGUGUGUGUGUGUGUGUGUGUGUGUAUUCCUGCAUGCUGUAACUGCUCAACGGUUGCAAUACGACGAAAACUAACAGCCUUCUACAUAGGGGUAGGAAGAUGUUUUACCUAAGGGGGGCAAACAAUAUGUUAUACCAAUAUCACUGAGACACAAUUUAAAAUUCUCCAAAAUAUCUUUGUCUUCUAGAAUUAACAGAAAUAAAAUCCUUCGCUAUAGCUAAUAAAUCUAUCCUGUCUGUCCUAUGUUUGUGUACAUAAAGCAAAAAAAGAUUGUUAAGUCUACAUUCAGUCAUUGUGCUCCUCAAGAAUGUUUUGAGCCUUCGCAGUGCUGAAAACGAUCUUUCGGCUGAAGCUGUUGUUACAGGGAAGGUAAAGUACAAUGAGAGUAGCAUAAACACUUCAGACAGCAUUUUCUUGUAAAUAUGAUUGCUAUUAAUCGCUUGAGCUAUAGUCCUUAUAUUUGUCACAGUUGUUACUUGUGGAGUAGCUUGCUUAACCAUAUCAGCAACUAGUGCAAGAUGUGUACACAAACGUUUCAAAUCAAAGUCCUUCUCAAGGAAACUUUUUACGGAGGGAGGAAGGAUCUCAAUAUCAUAUGGUCUUCCAUUUGCAGCAUUCAGCAGGAGUAUUUCAAUUUCUUUUAUAAUUUUCAUAUCUUUCUGAUCAAAUCUUCUAUCGAUCUCACCUCCAGCAAGUUCUAGUACUUCAUAAUACGCACGUCUAAACCUUGACUUAGGGUCUGUGUAUUGGUGUGCAGUACUUCCAGUAUUAUACCUCUUGGGUAAUUUCCUUUGGCGAGGCAAUUUGGGCUCUUCAGUGAAAUGCUUGCUUUCCUCACAUACUGAACUAUAAAACUGAUCAAAUUUAGAUUCAGUCCGAAGAGCUUUUAGGUGGGAUGCAAGUAGACUAGCACCUGUAGUUGCUUCCUGAAUUGUUAGGUCCACUGCUUGCAAGUUAAUGGACAACUGCUCAGAAGCAGAAAAUACCAAGUAAGCAAGUUUCAGUGCAAAGUACGUGUCAAAGCAUUCCAUACGCCCAAGUAGACCGUUGGCUUUUGCUGCGUACUCAUCAUGGCCUUUCUGAAUAAUUUCCAAAGCAUCAAUCAACACCUGAUAAUUUCUCAAGAUAGAAUUUAUAGCAGUAUGACGAACAGUCCAGCGUGUGGGACAAAGCACUCUCAGUGAUGGAGUACUCCCAUCUCCUUGUAGAGCAAUAUCUUUACGGAGUGAAUCGAACAAGGAUAGCCGCUUGGGAGAAAAGCGUAUGAGCUGUACAAGAUUGUAUAUGAAAUCCAUUACAUUCCUGACCAGUUCAGAUUUGUUUGUAACAUCUUUGAGGACGAGAUUAAGAUUAUGAGCUAAGCAAUGAACAUACAAUGCCUCAGGAACUUCAGAUUUCAUUAGGGCUUGUACACCAUUUCUUAUCCCACUCAUUGUAGAAGCACCGUCGUAUGCUUGACCUCGUAUUGAACACAAAGGUAAGGUACAUCUAAUUAGAAUGUCCUUGAUAGCAGAGAAAACAGUACAGGCUUUAGUAUCAGGUAAUUGAAACAAUCCUAAUCCAUCUUCAUGAACAUUUAGAUCUUCAUCAAUCCAGCGAACAGAGAGACACAUUUGCUCUUGGUGGGAUACGUCAGUGGCUUCAUCAGCUAAGAUUGAAUAAAAACGACUCUCUUUCACAUGUGACAGUAUAUCUCUAAGUACAAACUGCCCCAUUUUGGUAAUAAUUUCAUUCACAAUCUCGGGCGAAAGAUAAUCACGCUGUUUAAGCCAUCUCAGCAUUUUUUUAUCUUCUUCAGCCCUAAGUAGAAGAAGUUGGGCUAGAUUUCCUUCAGGAUCAUCACCGUCAUGUUUUCCACGAAGAGGCAAUCCUUGUCUUACAAGGAACUUAAUGGUAGAGAGUAGUUUCAUAAGCAUUGUUCUAUGAUAAAGUUGAUCAGUUGCAAGCUGUGUGCUCAGCAGAGUGUCUACCCUCACACCUGUAGAUCUCUUCAGCACAACUUCUUUAUGCAUGUUACUAUCUUCGUGAGCACGAAACCUGUCUAUGGCUUUCUUAAAAUUGUUGAAACCAUCUUCCACGAAUGCUGGCUGAUACUUCCUUGUAGGAGUCACACUCAGCAAAUUGUUUGCCUUAGCAGCUCUGCACAAAUAGCAAAAUAUUUUCCUAUUUUCUGAACACACAGUUAUCCAUGGGUAGAGCUCAUACCAUCUCGUCAAAAUAGGUCUCUCAUCCUUCACAGCUGGUAGCUGAGGUUGAAAAGGAAUGUUAAUGUCUUUACACCCCUGGCAAUUGCAAGCAGCUUGGGUACUCGAAGCUUCAGACUCUAUGGGUAUAAAACAUUCUCAUUAAAUCAUGUCACUACAUAGCUGUAAGGCUAGAGAGCAUUGUCAAUUUGAGCAAGCUGUUUAAGCUAGAUAGCUACAUUUAAGCUUAUACUGGGGCUAUAAUUCACUUACCUGCUUGAUCCAAAGAAGCACUGGUAGUACUACUGUCAGACAGACUUGAAAAAGUAAUCUUGGCCUGAUACAUUGUUAUUUUUGCCACAUGCUCACAAUAUUUUUUCAAUUAGAGAGCAGUGCUGGCUAAGGGGGGCGAAAAAGCAAAAUAUUUGGCUGAGGGGGGCAACUGCCCCCCUUGCCCCCCUGGUUCCUACGCCUAUGUUCUAGCCACAUUCUCUUGGAUUUUGAUUCGUAGAUUAGCAAACUAUGGCUAUAGUUUGGCUCACAUUGACGGCUGUUGAAGUCCCUUCAAAAUCUUUCAUAGCAUCAUCUGUUCGCACAAACUUUCUAUUCAACACAUGAAUUAGCCUUGCACUAGAGCGCUAGCUUUUCGUUAGCUACUAGAGUCAGAAAAGAUCUGUUAAAACAGCUAGCUAUAGUAGCCAUUGUGAACUUGAUCUCUUUGGACACACCCUUUAAUUAUUCUUGUGGAUGCAAUGCGCAUGCGCGCUCAUUCCCACAUGUUGGCAGAAUCAGAGAUUGAAGAGAAGGUGAUAUGAAACUAGAUCAUGUGAGCUUAUGUGCUCAAUGUAAAACAGAGUAAAAAGUUUAGGCACUCCGCGUUGCUAUAAAAAUGGCGGUUUAAUUUGUAAAUAAAACAAAACAGGCCCAUGGGAAGCUGGAUGACUCACUUGAAGAAUUAUGAUCAUAUAAUUGACUAGCCACAGAUUGUUUUAAAAUAUAUUUGGUGGCAAUAAAAUCCAGAACGCCAGAUUCCCUGGUUUAUUGGCUAUACUAGCCUUUGUGGGACUGUAGCAGAAAGCAAGUUGGUUUUCAUAAGAUGGUUUAGUGAUGAGUUUUAAUGUUAGCUAUGUAUUCUAUGUACUGGUGCCUGUCUCAAAGGCUAGAUCGCUCUGAUGCUGAAAGUAUAAUCGAUUUUUAUUGCAAAAUUUUGCUCCAGGACAAGUACAAGAGGUCAAAAAAGUUGAAGUGAUCGAACAAGCUGUCUCUUGGCUUUCAGCUGAGGAGCUUUUGCACUUCCCAAAGGUCUACUCUUACAUUUAAUAUAUCAACUUUGUUCUAUAUGUAGCAGCAAGUCCAGAGAUACAGUCCCACAAAGUAUUUUACAUGAUUUUACAUAGAAAUUGCAAUAAAGACAAUGUGCCACGCCCAUUUUGGGCAACACGGAUUGUAUAUACACGUCAUCAAGUUUCAUAUCCCUCUCUCUUCAAUCUCUGGCAGAAUCAACUUACUUCUUUUUCUUGAGGUCCUGGUAUACCGGUAAUGAUAACAUAAUUAUAGACUAGAUAACAAUAGAUUCAUGCACACAAGUCUUUUCUUCUCAGUAUUAAUAUAGAUCAGUGUUCGCCCAGGAUGAGUUGAGUGGUGGUUAGACCACAAUAGGGGGUCCAGGAAAUUGAGUAUUUAUUUACGCUAUACAUUAAAUUUCAGCAAUUCGAUCUAGAGACAAAUUACACCAGAACAUUUAUUGAUGUUUAGCAAGUAUUUAUAAUAAUUAUAUAAAUUGAAUUAGAUUGUUAGUCUCUUCUCUUCUUUUUUGAAGCCCAAAGCCAGUCAUUUGCAAAGUUGUAGCCUACUUUCCUUCUCUCCCACUUGCUGUGGAGUGGCUUGACUCAUAAGCAUCAAAACCGGCAUGCAAUUCCUGGUUGAACUGCAUCAUCAUCACUAUAUAUAUACAGUAGCUGCUAGCACUAGCACUGGAAUCAGUUUCUUGGCAUCUCCUCUUAGAAGUAUAGGACUAUAUACUGUCUAUCUCUAAGUCUUUGGAUGUAGCAUGCACUAGUCUAAAAGAGUUUAGAAUAGUUUACUAACUUGUACUCUUGUGGCAUCAUAGAUAGAUUCUUCUAUUAAUGUCUGUUGCGCUGCUGUUAAAGUCAUAGAUAAUAUCUAUGGUGGAAUCACCUAACUACCCAGUCGAGUCGGGGAGUUUGGUGGGGUGGAGUGACGUAGGAGGUUGCAAGUCCCCCGCCCCCUAUGAAUAUGAUUAGUGGUUACAACACUAAUUAUUAUUACGGGCUAUGAAUAACAUUAACCCUUGGGCUAGGGAGAAUAAAUAGGAGGAGCCUAUUGCGAGUCCCCUCCAAGGAAGUUUAAUAGUAGUUUAUUUAUGUCCCUCAGCCCAAGGAAGUUGUAUGUAGGAGUCCCUUAAUAAAGGUGUACCUGUACCCCGUUCUGUUCACUGCCUCUGCUAAACCAUGCAAACACAUAUAAUUAUGCAAACCAGGAUUGACAAAUCAAGCAGCAAUAAUGGAUGAGUAACGGGCUAGUUUGUCCUUUGGUAUUCGGAUAUACAGUUGCUGCGGUGGUGGUUGCUCCGAUACGGAAGGAGUGUCCUGCAUAUUGUGAUGAGUCUAUUUCUACCAGAGACAAUGCCUCGCGUAUCUUCAGAAUGAACCGGGACUUUGUCAAGGGGCGACCAUCUGCGAACAGGAAUAAGAAGCCCAGUCUGUUGCCUCGAAUGGCUAAGUAUGAUAGUAGCGCCGCUACUGGGCAGAGAGAGUUGUGCGUACGCCCAAUGACGAUUGGCAUAAUAAUAGCAUAAUAUUUACAAACAUUUUAUUUUAUUUCUAUGUUAUAAUUAUAUGAUUCGUCAUGGGUACCUGUAUAUGUGUGUUAUUUAACCAAAAAGAAAAAAUUUUUUCAUUUGAAACAA